CCGCAGUUACCUUGCUGGAUUCCAGAUCAGUUCAGGGAGAGCUGGGGUGGAUAGCAAGUCCCCUGGAAGGAGGGUGGGAGGAAGUAAGCAUUAUGGAUGAGAAGAACACUCCGAUCCGCACCUAUCAAGUCUGCAAUGUGAUGGAGCCCAGUCAGAAUAAUUGGUUACGAACUGAUUGGGUUCCUCGUGAGGGGGCUCAAAGGGUAUAUAUUGAAAUCAAGUUCACACUAAGAGACUGCAACAGCCUGCCAGGUGUCAUGGGAACUUGCAAAGAGACAUUCAACCUUUAUUACUAUGAAUCAAACAAUGAUAAGGAGCGUUUCAUUCGAGAGAGCCAGUUUGCCAAGAUCGACACCAUUGCUGCUGAUGAGAGCUUCACCCAAGUGGACAUUGGUGACAGGAUCAUGAAGCUGAAUACAGAGAUACGGGAUGUCGGACCACUCAGCAAGAAAGGGUUUUACUUGGCUUUUCAGGACGUUGGUGCCUGCAUCGCUUUAGUGUCUGUUCGUGUCUUCUAUAAGAAGUGCCCAUUGACAGUUCGAAACCUGGCGCAGUUUCCAGACACCAUUACUGGGGCUGAUACAUCCUCUCUGGUGGAGGUUCGUGGCUCCUGUGUCAACAACUCUGAAGAGAAGGAUGUGCCAAAAAUGUACUGUGGGGCAGAUGGCGAAUGGCUGGUACCCAUUGGCAACUGUCUGUGCAACGCUGGCUAUGAAGAAAGUAACGGUGAAUGCCAAGCUUGCAAAAUCGGAUACUACAAGGCUCUCUCGACAGAUGUUGCUUGUGCCAAAUGCCCGCCUCACAGCUACUCCAUCUGGGAAGGCUCUACCUCCUGCACCUGCGACCGGGGCUUUUUCCGAGCUGAAAAUGAUGCUGCCUCCAUGCCCUGCACUCGGCCUCCGUCUGCUCCCCAGAACCUCAUUUCCAAUGUCAAUGAGACAUCAGUGAACUUGGAGUGGAGCCCCCCUCAGAACAAAGGUGGUCGGGAAGAUGUCUCCUACAAUGUGGUGUGCAAGAGGUGCGGUGCCGGUGACCUCAGCCGCUGCCGGUCCUGUGGCAGCGGUGUGCACUUCAGUCCCCAGCAGAAUGGCUUGAAAACCACCAAAGUCUCCAUUACUGACCUCCUGGCUCACACUAACUACACCUUUGAAGUCUGGGCAGUGAAUGGAGUGUCCAAGCAAAAUCCCAGCCAGGACCAAGCUGUGUCAGUCACUGUGACAACUAACCAAGCAGCUCCAUCACCAAUUGCUCUGAUCCAGGCUAAAGAGAUAACACGGCACAGUGUUGCCUUGGCUUGGCUGGAACCUGACAGGCCAAAUGGAGUCAUCCUGGAGUAUGAAGUCAAAUACUAUGAAAAGGACCAAAACGAGCGCAGCUAUCGCAUUGUGAAGACAGCCUCCAGGAAUACUGACAUCAAAGGCUUGAACCCUCUGACUUCAUAUGUAUUUCAUGUGCGGGCCAGGACGGCAGCAGGAUAUGGAGACUUCAGUGGACCAUUUGAGUUCACAACCAACACAGUUCCUUCCCCCAUCAUUGGCGAUGGUACCAAUCCCACAGUGCUGCUUGUUUCAGUGGCUGGCAGUGUUGUUCUUGUGGUCAUUCUCAUUGCAGCCUUUGUCAUCAGCAGGAGGCGCAGUAAGUACAGUAAGGCCAAGCAAGAGGCAGAUGAGGAGAAACAUUUGAACCAAGGUGUUAGAACAUAUGUGGAUCCUUUUACAUAUGAGGAUCCAAACCAAGCUGUGAGGGAAUUUGCCAAAGAAAUUGAUGCCUCCUGUAUAAAGAUUGAAAAAGUUAUUGGUGUGGGGGAAUUUGGUGAAGUAUGCAGUGGACGUCUCAAAGUACCAGGAAAAAGAGAGAUCUGUGUUGCUAUCAAGACUCUAAAAGCUGGUUACACUGAUAAACAAAGGAGAGACUUCCUGAGUGAAGCCAGUAUCAUGGGACAAUUUGACCACCCCAAUAUCAUCCACUUGGAAGGUGUAGUUACUAAAUGUAAACCGGUAAUGAUCAUAACUGAGUACAUGGAGAAUGGCUCCUUGGAUGCUUUCCUCAGGAAGAAUGAUGGCAGAUUUACAGUCAUCCAGUUGGUGGGGAUGCUUCGUGGCAUUGGCUCAGGAAUGAAGUAUCUGUCUGAUAUGAGCUAUGUGCAUCGGGAUCUAGCUGCUCGAAACAUACUAGUCAACAGCAACCUGGUCUGCAAAGUGUCUGACUUCGGCAUGUCCCGGGUCCUGGAAGACGACCCUGAAGCAGCUUAUACCACACGGGGUGGCAAGAUCCCCAUCAGGUGGACUGCACCAGAGGCAAUUGCCUACCGUAAAUUUACAUCAGCUAGUGAUGUGUGGAGCUACGGCAUCGUCAUGUGGGAAGUGAUGUCCUACGGAGAAAGACCUUACUGGGAUAUGUCCAAUCAAGAUGUUAUUAAAGCCAUUGAAGAAGGAUAUCGGCUGCCACCCCCAAUGGACUGCCCCAUUGCUCUCCAUCAGCUGAUGUUAGACUGCUGGCAGAAGGAACGCAGCGACAGGCCUAAAUUUGGACAGAUUGUCAACAUGCUGGACAAACUCAUCCGCAACCCCAACAGCCUGAAGAGGACAGGCAGUGAGAGCUCCAGACCUAGCACAGCCCUGCUGGAUCCCAGCUCCCCUGAGUUCUCGGCGGUUGUUUCUGUCAGUGACUGGCUCCAAGCCAUUAAAAUGGAGCGAUACAAGGAUAACUUCACAGCUGCUGGCUAUACCACCCUAGAGGCUGUGGUGCAUAUGAACCAGGAUGACCUGGCAAGGAUUGGGAUCACUGCCAUCACGCACCAGAACAAGAUACUGAGCAGCGUUCAAGCAAUGCGCACCCAAAUGCAACAGAUGCACGGCAGGAUGGUCCCCGUCUGAGCCAGUACUGAAUAAACUCAAAACUCUUGAAAUUAGUUUACCUCAUCCAUGCACUUUAAUUGAAGAACUGCACUUUUUUUACUUCGUCUCCUCGCCCGUCGAAAUAAAGAUCUGCAGUAUUGCUUGAUGUACAGAUUGCGGAAACCGAGCGUGUGUGUUGGGAGGGGAGCCUCCAGAAAUGACAAGCCGUCAUUUUAAACCAGACCUGGAACAAAUUGUUUCUUGGAACAUACUUCUCUGUUGAUCAACGAUAUGUAAAAUACAUGUAUCUAUAUAAAUAUAAAGUCACAUUCAAGUUUUGAUGCUAUGUUUGCUGCCAGAUACUGUGCUUAAAAAACAAAAACAAAAUUACUUUCCUUCUCCCUGUGACCCAUAGGAUUACAACCAUAGUGUUUUAUUUGUGGGUGAAACCACCGUUGUGCAUCUUUCACUGGAAUGAAGAAUCUGCCCUAGGAUAUUUUUUGCAGACUUGAUGCAUCAGUAAUACCUUGCAGAAACCUCAGUGAGAGUAUCAUUGGGCUAAUCAGUGCCUGCCGAUUAGUGAUCUACUCAUUUAUGGGCUUGAGACAUGAAAUGACCCAACUCGUGGAUUACUGGGCAAAACUGGACUUUUGGGGAGUUUAUUGGCUGUUGUUGUGUCGUGCUGAAGCCUACCACUUAGAGACAUUUUGUGAACAUCUUGCCAGUAGUCAGCUGUGACAAUCGUGGCUGUGGAGCUUUCAGACUUUUUUUUUCUCUUUCAAGAAGCAAUUCCCUUUGCCACAUGAAAGA